GGUAUACGUACACCCGGUUGGAUAUUAUAGGCUCUCAGGUCGGACGCACGUAGCGAAGAACGCAACACCGCCCGCAUCGCCGGACGCCCGAACGCUUACGGCCCUUCGUGCCUCGGCCCGCCGCUGCUGAGUGCUUUUCGGCUGCUUCUAGCCUCCUAGUCUGCUUAUCUGGACUCCAGCUAACCUGCUUCUGCUUCUCAGCUUCUGCCUUCUGGGAAGCACCUGGUUUUGGCAAUCUGGCUUUCUGCUUCUCUCAGGAAAAUACUGAAAUCAAAGUAGGCAUAUGUAUUUGAAGUAAUAUAAAGAGAAGUGAAAUAGGUGGAAUGGGUGAUGAUGAUGCAAAGAAAGCAAACAAAAUUCUCCGAUUCUUGCCAUUUCAGAGCUUAGUAGAUGCAGGUUUUUGGCACAGAUUAUCUUCGCUCAAGCUCAACCAGUUGGGCCUAGACGAUUCACCUAUUCCCAUCACUGGUUUUUAUGCACCUUGCUCACACCAUCAGGUUUCUAAUCACUUGACACUUCUUGCUGAAUCAUUGCCGCAUGAGCAUGGAGAAAACAUGUUCUCGUCACAUUUGAAAAGUCAGGGGAAUAGAAAUCGCUGUCCUAUACCUGGCACCCUUUACAACACAAACACGUUGGAGGCCUUCCGCGCUCUUGAUAAGCAAUCCCUAAUAAAGACAGAAGCAAAAAAGAUAUGGGAUGACAUUCACUCAGGCAAAGUAGAGGAAAAUAGUGCUCUUCUUUUGAGAUUCAUAAUUAUAUCAUUUGCGGACUUGAAGAAGUUCCACUUCCACUAUUGGCUUGCUUACCCUGCUCUUAUUAUUGAUCCUCCUGCAACAUUUGUUGAUUUGAGGCAAGCUUCACAUUGCUUCACUCCCGAACAGGCUCAAUGCUUGUCAGCAGCUUGCAAUGAUUGGCGUAACACAAGUUCCACAACAGAUGUUCCGUUUUUUCUGGUGUCUAUUGCGUCUCAUUCUAAUAUUACUCUAAGACAUCUGAGAGAUUGGGAAGCUUGUAAAAGUGAGGGAAAUGAGGUUCUUUUUGGGUUUUAUGACCCAUGUAACCAUCCAAGUAAUCCUGGCUGGCCAUUGCGAAAUUAUCUUGCAUAUAUUUCUGCAAGGUGGGGUCUUGAAAAUGUUAAAUUUUUCUGCUACAGAGAGAGCCGUGGAUUUCCAGAUAUGGGAAUGUCCCUUGUCGGAGAAGCAUUGAUAUCUGUUUCCCAAGGAUGGAAAGAUUGUCAAAAUAUUCCUAAAGUUGUCGGAUGGGAGACAAACAAGGGGAAGAUGGCUUCAAGAUGUAUUAGUCUGGCUGAAACUAUGGAUCCAACUAGGCUGGCGAUUUCUGCUGCAGAUUUGAACUUAAAAUUGAUGAGGUGGCGUGCGUUACCUUCGCUGAAUCUUAACUUAUUGUCUGCUACUAAGUGUCUUCUAUUGGGAGCAGGUACACUUGGAUGCCAAGUUGCUAGAAUGCUUAUGGCAUGGGGUGUUCGAAAAAUUACAAUGCUUGACAGUGGAAAAGUCACAAUGUCAAAUCCUUUAAGGCAAUCACUUUAUAUACUAGAUGAUUGCUUGAGUGGGGGUAAAUUCAAGGCAGAAGCUGCUGCUGAAAGUCUCAAGCGAAUAUUUCCAGCCGUGGAAGCAGGUAGUGUUGUGAUGGAUAUUCCAAUGCCAGGUCAUUCAGUGCCAAAAGAAGAAGAGCACAAUGUACUUGAGGACUGUACACGCUUGCAGGGUUUGAUUUCUUCUCAUGAUGUUAUCUUUUUACUGACUGAUACUCGAGAAAGUCGGUGGCUUCCAAGUCUACUUUGUGCCACCGCCAACAAGAUAACUAUUACUGCAGCGCUAGGUUUCGAUAGCUUCCUUGUCAUGCGCCAUGGAGCCGGUCCCAUGAGCACUAUGCAAGAUUUAAAAGAAGAAACUCAUCAAAGUUGCCUUGCUGAUGUGAAGAAGCUUUCACUUAGCGACACAAUCGGGAGCAGGGAGAGAUUGGGGUGUUACUUUUGUAAUGAUGUUGUUGCGCCUGUUGAUUCAACUGCCAACCGUACUUUGGACCAACAGUGCACAGUUACUCGUCCUGGGCUUGCUCCUAUUGCAUCUGCCCUUGCUGUUGAGCUUAUGGUGGGCAUAUUGCAUCAUCCGUGUGGGAUAUAUGCCAAAGCUGAAUUUGAGAAUUCUUGUAAUACCGGGAGUAGUGAGGAGCAACCUCUGGGCAUACUGCCUCAUCAGAUCCGCGGCUCCUUGUCUCAAUUUUCACAGAUGUCUCUUGUGGGCCAUGCUUCUUCCACUUGUACAGGAUGCUGCUCCAAGGUUGUAUCAGAAUUCGAGAAGCAGGGGAUGAAUUUUGUUCUUGAAGCAAUCAACCACCCCACAUAUCUGGAGGAUGUAACUGGAUUGACAGAGCUGAUCAAGUCCGCUGGGUCUUUUGAACUAGACUGGGAAAAUGAAACUGAAGACAUCGAUGCUGAUUGUGUUGAUGCAUGAUAUCAAGUUGAUGGUAGUGAUGAUAUUUCUGCAUUUUUUCUCUCAUAAAUCUACUCUAUCCCUUAUAGACGGCCUCCCAAAUCCCAAGAAGGGGUGUUUGUAGAUAUUGCUUAGAGUUGGAUAGGUUAUGAAACCCAAGAGGCCAAGACUAGGUUUUGUUAGAGGUCAAACUGCCAUAUUUUUGUUUUAAACUAUGAUAAUAUAAUGCUCAAAGCAUACAUACAUAUGUAUGUAUGUAUGUAUGUAUGUAUGUAUGUAUGUAUGUAUGUAUGUAUGUAUGUAUGUAUGUAUGUAUGUAUGUAUGUAUGUAUGUAUGUAUGUAUGUAUGUAUGUAUGUAUGUAUGUGAGACAUAGAACCUGAUAUGUAUUACCUUUGUGAAGUAUGCAUAUAAAACCUUUUCGAGGGAGUCAUAAUAUUAGAAACUUGAUCUUAUUUUAUGGAUAUUGGAAGCACAAACUAAUUGAUA